AUGCCUCUCGACACAAUCUCAACCUACUCGCACACCUUGCUCAGACAGGAUGGCCGACGAUGGAAUGAGCUGCGGCGCAUCACCGCCUCCAUUUCAACUCAGCCUUCGAGUGAUGGGUCCAGUAUGCUCACUAUGGGCAACACAGUUGUCCUGUGUACCGUAACCGGACCAAGAGAAGGACGCGGCCAGCGUGACAACAACAACGCCAUAGUCGAAACCGACUUGAACGUUGCUCCCUUUGCAUCGAUCGAGCGACGCCGGCGAACCCGCACCGAUAAACAAAUCCAAGAACUCCAAUCCACAAUAUCCUCAUCAUUUCAGUCCCACCUGUUCACGCACUUGUAUCCGCGCUCUCUAAUCACCAUCUCCUUGCACGUCUUGAGCCUCGAUGGAGGGCUUCUAGUCGCCUGCCUGAACGCUGCAAGCCUAGCCUUGGUCGACGCCGGUGUGCCCAUGCCGAGCAUCCUCGCCGCCGUGAGCUCCGGGAUCAUUGUCCCUACAGAUGACUCAAAGGCAAAAGUGGAGCCAGUGCUGGAUUUGAACAAUGCAGAAGAGCAGGAGCUGGCAUAUCUUACCCUCGCCACAGUGUCUGGGGGCGAGAAGCAGGAGGAUAAAGUGUCGGUGCUGAUGAUGGACUCACGGGUCGAGAUUGCUGCCAGCACCGGGAAAGUGGAGGCCAUGUUGGCCACCGGCGUGGAUGGCUGUAAAGAGGUGAGAAGGAAGAUGGAGGAUGUGGUCAAGAAACACGGCGCCAAAGUCAUGAUGAGUCGGCGGUGA